CAUAUAUACAUAGUUUGGGCAUUUGUCAGUAUUUCAACGAUUUCUCGCACAUGCGUGGGUGAUAAAUUAGGCCUUCAUGAGAUCCACGUGUGAGAAUUCUUCAUAGUGUGAAUGCGUACGCAUAUGUAUUCAAUUAUGUGGACAUGAAGAUGCGACUUCUUUCAGGCAAUAUCGAGAUGGGUGAACGAGCACACGGCAUCCGAGCACCUGGUUGUCCGUGACUUUAUGGCUGAUUUAGCGACAGGCGAAAUAAUCAUAUUCCUUUUAAGUGCAUUGACGGGGAAAGCGAUCGAAUACAAAGAGCUCGCGAGGAGUGCGGUGACUCGUCAGGAAAACCUGGGAAGCAUUAUCAGAUUCCUUGAGGACUACUUUCCGGUUCGGCAUGAUGUGUAUAAUCCUAAAAGUAUCAACAGCAUGAAUCACGCGGCAAUAUAUUCUCUGAUGUACGAUAUAGCUCACCACUUAGAAUGUCCUUAUGAUUUGCCGUCGGAUUUCACUGUGCGAAUGAUUCGUCGAGAGAUGAUCAGAGGCGGGAAUGUGAUACAGAAGACGGAGUCACAUGUUAUUACAGGCGACGAGUCAGAAACGCACAAACUUAAUAUUGAGAGGCGUACUGCCAAUAACAUUCCCGCACACAUGAUCCGGCAGACUGAGGAGGAUGAUCUGGAUCAGCUGCUUUCGGAUACAGAUGAGACACAGGACGCCUUUGACUCUCUCUUCAGUGCUGAAAUAGAAAAGGUCGACAAGGUGUGCAUGCUUAUGCUACAGUUUGUGGAUACUCACGUGGGUGUCCUGACAACUGGGCCGGUGGAAGAUCUGACAGAGGGAAUGCAUGAUGGUGUACGCUUUCUAUGGCUGUUGGGUAGUUUGGGUCAAUUCUUCGUACCACUGACGGAGUACGUUUUGAAACCCGACACAGCCGAGGAAAAGCUACGCAAUGUGAAGUACUGCCUGCGUUUGAUGGACCACAUGGGAGUAUCCAGGAAGGGUAUUCGCUCGCAAAAAGUGGUGGACAAAGACUCGAAAACUAUUUUCAGAAUGACUUAUAGCAUUUUUUCUUACUCGCGGAGAAAGUGAAGCGGGGAUUUCGUAUGAGCCGACUUAUAAGCAAACAGAUGGUUGAUACGCGCAGAGUAGUAAAGUCACACGCAAAGAAGAUUUAUAUAUAUAUAUAUUUAUAUCACCGUCGUCAAUGAGCGCGAUUUACAACAUUGCUGUGGGUACUAAAAGUAUCAUUAUCAAGUACUAUAAUCUGUUGGUCUGGGAAUAGCUUCAGAUAAGUAAAAUAUGGUAGUCUCA